UUUAAUUAAAAAAAAAUUAAACCGGAAAGCAAAAUAUAUGCGAAUUAAAAUUUAAAAUCAAACUUUUAAUUAUUUUAAGUUUCAUAAAAAUACACAGCCUUAAUCACUUGCUCUAUUCUGAUGAGGAACUCAACUAUAGAAUUUUCUACUCUUGUUAGAAUCAAAUUUUGAUUGUCAUGAUUUUACCUAAGUUUUGUACUUUUAUUUCUUUAUUCAUUUCAUUUCACUGCAUUUAUUGUCAAUACUUGCCAAACUGGGAUUCUCUUGAUAAAAGAGUUGCGCCUGGUUGGUUUGAUAAAGCUAAAAUUGGGAUAUUUGUUCACUGGGGAGUGUAUUCUGUACCCAGCUUUGGGGGGUUUGGUGCUUUAGGAGAAUGGUUUUGGCAUGCAUGGAAAAGUGACCAAAAUCCUGCAUUUGUUAGAUUUAUGAAAGAUAACUAUCCACCAGGAUUUGAGUAUUCUGAUUUUGUUACCCUUUGGAAAGGUGAAUUUUUUAAUGCAACGCAAUGGGCAGAUCUUGUUGAAGCAUCUGGUGCAAAGUAUUUUGUUGUAACCAGCAAACAUCAUGAUGGUUUUACACUCUGGCCUUCAAAUGUCAGUUGGAAUUGGAACUCUGUUGAUAAUGGACCACAUAAAGAUAUCAUAGGUGAGCUGGCGCAAGCAGUUCGUGCUAAAAAAUCUAUUCAUUUUGGUCUCUAUUAUUCACUUUAUGAGUGGUACAAUCGUUUAUAUUUGCUAGACAAAUCUAACAAUUUCGCAACCCAUCAUUAUGUUGAUGAUAUUUUGUUACCACAAAUGUAUGAUCAUGUCUUGAGAUACCAACCAGAGUAUAUAUGGUCUGAUGGAGAUUGGGAAGCAAGUUAUACCUAUUGGAAAAGUGAAAAGUUUCUUGCUUGGUUAUAUAAUGACAGUCCAGUUCGAGAUACUGUUGUGGUAAAUGACAGAUGGGGAAUGGGUACGAAUUGCAAACAUGGCGAUAUUAAAACUUGUGGAAUUGAUCGUUUUAACCCGCAUAAACUUCAAAACUUUAAAUGGGAAAAUGCAAUGACUUUAGAUCGAUAUUCUUGGGGGUUUCGAAGAAAUGCUGUUCUAUCAGAUUAUUUAACAAUUAAUGAGUUGUUGCAAACUCUUGUUGAAACAGUUAGCUAUGGCGGCAAUCUAGUUGUGAAUAUUGGACCAACGGCAGAUGGCCGUAUUGUUCCAAUAUUUCAAGAAAGAUUGUUACAAAUGGGUAGUUGGUUAAAAGUCAAUGGUGAAGCUAUAUAUGAAUCUAAAAUUUGGAGAGUACAAAAUGAUUCAUCAGCUGAGCGAACAUGGUUUACACAAAAGUCGUCGAAUGUUUAUGCAAUUAUAUUGGACUGGCCUACCGAUGGAUAUGUUCGACUUUACAACCCAAUCCCUACUUACAAAACUGUUGUUACGCUACUAGGCAUAAAUGAGAAGUUAAAUUGGAAAUUAAUGUUUGAUAAACAAGGACUAAUCAUUGAUGUCCGUUCAAUAACGCAUUCUCAACUACCCUGCCAAUGGGCUUGGACUUUUAAGUUGGUUGGCGUAAAUUAAUUUUUUUAAUUACAAUCAUCAACUUAACACAUUGGAAUUUCUAUUAAUGGAAAAAAACAACUUACUUUUAUAUGGUUAACGUAAUUCACUUGAUUAACGUAUUCAAUCGUUGGGUAUUUAUAUGAUUAACGUAAUUCGCUUUUCACGUGGUUUUUAUGCUGUUUUGUUAUAUGUUACUAGUGCUUUUGUUUUAUACUAUUUUUUAAUUAGUUUUCGCAGUUAUUUUUCAUUACAAAUUUAUUUUUAGAUUUUUUUCUCAUGAUUUAAUAACUGUGUUUUUAAAUUUUAUAAUUAUAAUAGGGAAAGUGGGGGACUAUUAUGAUGUCUCUUUUUUUCUUUGAUUCAUUUUUUAAAAACUAAUUUCAUUUAUAUUUCAUCACUUUUUUUGCCUACACUAAACAUUGGUUUUGAUGCAAUUUUACACGGAACAUUUGUUUUUAUGCAGUUUUACACGAAACAUUUGUUUUGAUGCAGUUAUAUAAAUAAUUAUUAUAAUUAGAAUUUCUAGUUUCGAUAUGUUCUAUUUAAUUAUUAUUAGGUAAUGAACGAUGUACAAAUAUGGUUAAUGCAUAUGUCAAUUUUAAGCUAAAUUUUUUCUUUAACUAAAAGUUAAGUUACUAAAAUCGAUCGCUUUAGAUCAUUUUUAUAUUCCACGGAAACAAAAUUUCAAAGGAAAAAAUGUGAUUACUUAAAAUCUUUAACAGUCUACUAACAGAAGAAUCAAGAACUUUAGUUGACUGCAAAGAAGAAAAAAAAACUCAAUUUUUUAACUAUGACCAUGUUGUCUUAUUAACUAUGACUAUGUUGUCUUAUUUUGUGAAUUCAUAUCUAUUGUGUUUUGUGACGUCAUAUCUUUUGUGUUUUUUUUUUUUUUUUAAUUCUCUUAAUUAUUUCAUCUUAUACAUUAAAACUUAUUUAAUUCUUUAUCUACCGAAUUGUAUACUUGUUGUAUUUAAAUGUUUGUUUCAAUUCUCAAAUUAAUUAAUGUACGCGGUUCCCCACUUUUCCCUGCAUUAGAUGUUAUUAAAUACGUUUGAUUGGGUUAGUUUUUUUAUCUUAGUUUUUUUUUUUUUAAUGAUUGUAAUUUUUUAUAUAAGUUUUUAUUAAAGUCUUUUUUUACCACAUUGUUAAUAUUAUCCUAAUAACUUUGGUUUUUCACGUUUUCAAAAACAAAAAUUUAUCAA